UGUCACUCAGGCAGUGUUUCUCUGGCUAUGAGUGUGUACGUUUCAUUAUUAUACCUUUUUUAUAGAUGUUAAAAAAGCGAGUUUGAAGACUACACAGACAUUCUGUGCAAAAGAAUACAAUUAUAAAAUAAAUUAACUAUUAUACUAAAUGUGAAUGUCGUGUAAAUAACGUUAAUAUUUAUAAAGCAAUAAAAUAAGUUUCUUAUUAUUUGAAAAUAUUUGGUUUAUAAUUAAUUAAGUACUUAACUAUAAUAUCAAUAAAGAAGUCGUCAUAAGGAUCAAAAAGAAGUAUCAUAGAAAACACCCAGUCACAGUGGAUUUAAAUUUCAAAUUUACAAUGAUUGAAAUAAUUGUUUACAUAAUUGUUGUUAUUUUUGUGGUGAUGUGGUGUUACUUUAAAUGGCACAACAGGCCCUUUGAAAAAUUGGCAGCUAGAAUGCCAGGACCUCCAGCAUACCCUUUCAUUGGAACAUUGUAUGGAUGUAUUGGACUGACGUCAGGACAGAUCGUGAGCAGAAUACUUGACUACGUGAAAGAUUAUAAUCUAGAGCCAUUUAAAUUCUGGAUGGGACCAUAUUUUGGAGUGUUCAUUGUCAAACCGGAAGACCUACAAAUUGUGUUGAAUAGUUCAAAUGCCUUUCAAAAAGGUUUUGUGUACGAUUUUUUCAAGGUUAUUUUAGGCGAAGGCUUGUUUACUGCACCAGUUGACAAAUGGCGGAUACAUCGUCGCAUGAUAUCUCCCUUUUUUAAUGGUAAACUUUUGGAACAGUUUUUCCCAGUAUUUAUCGAGAAAAACCGAAUUCUCAUAAGGAAUGUCGGGAAGCAAUUAAACGAAACACAAGUAUUCAAUCUCUGGGACUACGUUGCACCAUUCGCACUCGAUGUUAUUUGUGAAAACACCAUGGGUUACAAUCUCGACACUCAAACAAACAAAAAUGAAUGUGAAUUUGCCAAAGCAAUAGUAAAGUUUCCAUUACAAGUAAUCAAGGAAAAGAAAGCUGAAUUUGACCAGAGAAAAAAAUUAAAUGACGCUAAAAUGGACGUUACCAACAGUAACGAACACCAAUCAAAACUUUUUUUGGACACAUUGUUUGAACUGAACAAUGGUGGUGGCAACUUUUCAGAUUCCGAUAUUAGGGAUGAAGUUAUAACCAUGUUGGCUGCGGGCAGUGAAACCAAUGCUAUUACAGUCUGCUUUUGUCUUUUGUUGUUAGCUAUACAUCAAGAUAUUCAAGAUAAAGUAUACGAUGAAAUUUACGAUAUAUUUGAUGAGAGUGACCAUAUGAUAUCUAUUGAAGACACUAGUAGACUUGUGUACUUAGAACAAGUGUUAAAGGAAACCCUUCGAUUACUUCCUGCAGCACCAUUCCUACUAAGAGAAAUUCAAGAAGAUCUUAAAAUAUUUUCAAGUGAUUACGUAUUACCAAAAGGAACGAUGUGUAUUAUAUCUCCAUUAGCCACACAUAGAAGUCCUGAUUUGUACUCAAAUCCUCGGGACUUCAAUCCCGAAAACUUCAGCCCAGAAAAUAUAGCUAAACGUCAUAGAUAUAGCUUUAUUCCUUUUAGCGGUGGCCCAAGGGGUUGUAUAGGAUCCAAAUAUGUGAUGAUGGUUAUGAAAGUCACUGUGUCAACAUUUUUGCGACAUUUUAGCGUACAUACAAAUAUCAAAUUAACUGAUAUUAAGUUAAAAUUAGAUGUAUUGAUGAGGAGUGUUGAUGGUUAUCCUGUUACGAUUCGGCCAAGAGACAAAAGACCAACGUACAAGCGAAAUUUAAACUCACUACGAUAAUGCCCAAUUUAUUAAAUAAGAUUAGUUUAUUUUUUAAAUGCUAGUAUUUGAUAUAAGUGAUUAAUGCUCAUUUUAAUUUUUGAAUACAAUACAUGGUAUUAACAAGAAUUUGCUGCUAA